CGGCGCGGCGCUGCGUCCUCGGUUUGCGUUUCACGUUUCUUGUGUGGCCUUCGCAGUGGGCCGGAGCGCGUCCCCGCGAGUCAUGGUGACGAAGGCCGUGUGCGUGCUGAAGGGCGACGGCCCGGUGCAGGGUACCAUCCACUUCGAGCAAAAGGAAGAUGGGAUGGUCGUGGUAUCGGGAUCCAUUACAGGAUUGACUGAAGGCUAUCAUGGAUUCCAUGUCCAUCAAUUUGGAGAUAAUACACAAGGCUGUACCAGUGCAGGUCCUCACUUUAAUCCUCUAUCCAAAAAACACGGUGGGCCAGAGGAUGAAGAGAGGCAUGUUGGAGACCUGGGCAAUGUGAAGGCUGACCAAAAUGGUGUGGCCGAAGUGUGUAUUGAAGAUUGUAUAAUCUCACUCUCCGGAGACCAUUCCAUCAUUGGCCGCACAAUGGUGGUCCAUGAAAAACCAGAUGACUUGGGCAGAGGUGGAAAUGAAGAAAGUACAAAGACAGGAAACGCUGGAAGUCGUUUGGCCUGUGGUGUAAUUGGGAUCGCCCAAUAAACAUUCCCUAGGAGGUGGUCUUGAGUCCUAGUAACUCAUAUGUUAUCUUGCUAGUUGUAGAAAUUUAACUAGAUAAACAUUAAACACCGUAACCUUAAAAGUG